GUGCUUGUGUGUGGUCUGAGGGACUUAGCUGGUCUGGGAACUGAGUCAGAGAGGCGGCCAGCUCUAAGUACUCUGUGCCAGCAGUAAAAAGAACCGGGUUCAUACGGCUUGGUCAGAAAGACCAAGGUGAGACAAAGUAUGACAACGAAGAUGAAACAGAGUCUGUGGAGAAUUUCGUGCUUGGUGACCCUGGUGGUGGAGCUCAGCUGGAUACAUGUGGGCCACAGCACACCCAGGGAGGGAGCAAAUAGGCGAGGAAUCAAACAAUGGGAAAGGAAGGUGCGGUCUUCCUCGAGCCUGGAUGAGCUGCUGAGACUCGCAGACUUUCCUGACUGGAAAUUGUGGAAGUGUCGACUUCGACUGCAGGAGCCAGAGACCCAGACAGAGACCCUCACUUCUCCUCUCUCUGUGGGAUCACACCGUUCCACACGCUAUGCUGCUGAAUCUUACAGCCUGGAGAUUCUUAAGGCCAUAGAUGAAGAGUGGCAGCGUACUCAGUGCAUGCCGAGGGAAACGUGUGUUGACGUGGCUAAGGAGCUGGGCACUGACCCCUCAAUGUUCUUCAAGCCACCCUGUGUGUCUGUCCACAGGUGUAGUGGCUGCUGCAAUCAAGAGGGUGUCACCUGCAGAAACACAACUACUGAAUAUGUCAAUAAAACUGUCCUCAGUGUAAUUCCAUUCAAAUUUGUACCAGAACCUGUGCUAAUAAAAGUUGCAAAUCAUACAGAAUGCAAGUGUAUGGAGCCUGCAAUAAUACGACGUAACGCUCAACCUCACAGGGGCAAUGGCUGUGCCCUGAUAGGCCAGCUGUCACAGGCAGAGGACUCCAGGAGACUGUGUGCCAGUGGAUUCAUUUGGGAUUGUUCAGCUGAAAGAUGCAUACCUUAUCCUUCCAGUACACCAGAGCUUCCACUCAGUUCAUGGAUGCCAGACUGUGAGAUAGAUGUGGAGCGCUGUGACUGUCUUCCUAGAUCUGAGCCAACUCCCCAAUCAAGACUGACCCAUCACUGUAAAAUGAACACCUCUGUCUGUGCCCGCAAGCAUCAACAUUUUGACGAGGUGUCGUGCAGAUGCAGAUGGCCCAAGUAGGAGUCCACUGUGGAAAUUAAUUACGACGACCUGCCCACCAAGGGUGUCUGGGAGCAGAGAAAAAAGGCUUAUAAUUUAUUUACAGUCCUAUUUAUGCAGAUCACUUUAACUAAUUAUAUUAG